AUGGCCUUUGCACCUUUACCAUCAGCUCCUGUGUGGAAGUAUGAUAUGUUUUUGAGUUUUAGCGGGAAAGACACUCGCAAGGGUAUCGUGUCAACUCUCUACCAUGAAUUGAAAAAACUCAGUAACUUCAACCCUUUCAUGGAUAGCCAAGAGCUCAAACCGGGUGCCGAAAUUUCCUCGGAUCUCCUAACAGCAAUCCAGGAAUCGAAAUCUGUGAUAAUUUUUCUCUCGCCAAACUAUGAUUCUUCCGCAUGGUGUUUGGAUGAACUUGAAAUCAUUGUUCAGUGCUUGGAAACCAGGAACACAAAAGUUAUCCCACUUUUCUAUAAUGUAGAUCCAUCUGAUGUGCGACAUCAACUCCGGACUUUUGCAGAAGCCUUCACUAGGCAUGAACACAGGUAUUCCCAAGAGGAUGGCAUACAGAAGGUGAAACGGUGGAGAACUGCUUUAACAAAAGUGGCUAAUCUCUCUGGCUUGGAAUCAAGCAAAUUUGAGUAA